CGCCUGCCCCGUGGGGGACCGCAGGAAGGGCGGACGCGGAUUGGCCGCCGCGGGGACGGGGGAGCUGCGCGCCCGGGAGCAUGGAGACGGUGACCGAGGGAACGUGGGACUCGCUGCCCGUCCGGCUGAGCCCUGGCGUGGGACGGGCCUUGAGGGAGCUGGGCUUCACGCACAUGACGCCGGUGCAGUCUGCAACGAUUCCUUUGUUUAUGACAAAUAAGGAUGUGGCAGCUGAGGCGGUAACUGGCAGUGGCAAAACUUUAGCUUUUGUUAUUCCAAUCAUAGAAAUUCUUCUCCGACGGGAAGAAAAGCUCAAGAAAAUGCAGGUUGGUGCUGUCGUCAUCACUCCCACACGAGAGCUUGCCAUUCAAAUAGACGAAGUGAUAUCCCAUUUCACAAAGUAUUUCCCACACUUUAGCCAGUGCCUUCUAAUCGGCGGAAAGAAUCCCAUGGAAGACGUAGAAAGAUUCAAAGAACGAGGUGGACACAUCCUGGUAGCUACUCCAGGCCGUUUGGAGGACAUGUUCAGGAGAAAAUCGGAUGGGCUGGAUUUGGCCAGCUCUGUGAAAUCUCUAGAUGUUUUGGUCUUGGAUGAAGCAGACCGGCUUCUGGAUAUGGGCUUUGAAGCAAGUUUAAAUACCAUUCUGGACUUGUUGCCCAAGCAGAGACGAACGGGGCUCUUUUCGGCAACUCAAACUCAAGAAGUCGAGAACCUGGUGAGGGCUGGUCUCCGGAACCCUGUCCGCAUCUCGGUUAAGGAGAAGGGAAUGGCAGCGAGCAACACUCAGAAGACCCCCACCCGCCUCCAAAACUACUACAUGAUCUGCAAAGCAGAAGAAAAAUUUAACCAGCUGGUCCACUUCCUUCGCCAACACAAGGCAGAAAAACACCUCGUCUUUUUCAGUACCUGCGCUUGCGUGGAGUAUUUUGGGAAGACUUUGGAAUCCUUGAUUAAGAAUGUGAAAAUAAUGUGCAUCCAUGGGAAAAUGAAACACAAACGGAAUAGGAUCUUCACGGAGUUCCGGAAACUUCCGAGUGGCAUUCUGGUUUGCACCGAUGUGAUGGCCCGAGGCAUAGACAUUCCAGAGGUGAACUGGGUUUUGCAGUGUGACCCUCCAAGCAAUGCAAGUGCCUUCGUUCAUCGCUGUGGCCGCACUGCGCGCAUCGGGCACUUGGGCAGCGCACUUGUCUUCUUGCUUCCCAUGGAAGAAGCCUACAUCAGUUUUCUAGCCAUUAACCAAAAGUGUCCCAUGCAGGAAAUGAAACUGCAGAGCAACGUGGCAGAUGUCCUGCCGAAGCUGAAGUCUCUCAGUCUGGCUGACAGAGCUUUCUAUGAGAAGGGGAUGAAGGCCUUUGUAUCUUACGUGCAGGCUUAUGCCAAACACGAGUGCAACCUGAUCUUCAGGAUGAAAGACUUGGACUUUAGUAGCCUGGCCCGCGGUUUUGGUUUGCUGAAGAUGCCACGGAUGCCGGAGCUGAAAGGCAAGUGCUUUUCGGACUUCACGCCUGUUGAUAUUGACACGGACACGAUUGCCUUCAAGGACAAGAACAGAGAAAAACAGAGGCAAAAGCUGUUGGAGCAGCGAAGGAAGGAGUGGCAGGAGCACGGUGGGCAGAGAAAAUUCACUCGCAACAAAGCCUGGUCCAAGCAGAAAUCAAAGAAAGAGAAGAAGAAGAAAAUGACAGCCAAAAGGAAAAGAGAGGAGGGUUCUGAUGUGGAGGACGAGGAUAUGGAGGAGCUCCUGCAGGACACCCGGCUCUUGAAAAGGCUCAAGAAGGGCAAAAUCAGUGAGGAGGAGUUUGAGAAGAAGCUGCUGCACGGCGUGAAGGAGGCCCAGGCAGGAGGCUCAGACUGAAGGGUGAAAUGUUGAGCUGAACUCUCCUUUUUGAUACAAAUAAAACUGUAUAUACACAUACCAAAUGCCAUUUCACUCUUGAUAUUGUUGUUGUUGGGGCCUUAUGUUACAGCAGCCUUGUUCAACUUGGAGCUGUGCAAAUGAUUUGGGCAUCAGCUCUCAUGAGCCCCAGCCAGCACAGCUUUCAAUCAGGACAACCUGAAGCCACCGCCUGCUGAGUCAGACUGUUGAUGACCUGCUACAGGAGAUUUUUUAAACAGGAAGUGCCAAGGAUUCAGCUUGGCAAAGUGUGGGCUUUGCCAGGAAGCUACGAGUAAGGACCACUUUGCUGUUAAGAUUUUGAGCAUCAUGUUGCAAAGGUUCCCAGAUUUUUCCUCCCACCCAUGUCUUGCAAUAAGUUGCAUUCUACAAAGCCAGUGGCACAUUCUUGCUGGGUAACCUUGUCCCAGUUGCUGUGUUUAUUUAUUUUUAUUUAUCUUUUGAAUUUAUAUACCACCCUAUACCUGGAGGUUUCAGGGCGGUGUUGCAACCUAACCUACUUUGUUGGACUGUGAUGAGGCUAACAAGGGGAGAUCAUGUAUCCAACUCUGAGCUCCUUGUAGGAAGAAGGGAGCAGGAUUCUGCCGUCCACGCCUACCUGGCCUGAGGGAUUGACUGUAAGUAGUCACUCCCUAGCUGCCUGCUUUAAACAUUUUGUGUCAUUCCUUCUGAAAAGUCUGGCUUCUCUUAUCUAAGAGAAUUGAGGUCGAAUCAUCAGCCACCAACUGUUCUCCAUCAUCUUAAGCCUGCCUUCUUAAAAGAUAUAUUUUAAAAAAUAUAUUUAAUUUUAGUAUUUUUUUAAAAAAUAGUAUUUUAUUAAAGCUUUGUCAUAAUACAGUAAGUUAAAAGAAACUAAUCUAAAAAACAGAAAGAAAAAGCAAAAGCAAAUUCCUCUCUUAAAGGCAGCUCUUAGCGUUUUGUCUCACACAGAAAGUGGUGGACCCACCCAGCUUUCCUUUCUUCUCCCAGCCUCUCCCCCUGGGUGGUCUUCCCUACUCAGGGUCCUUCCAUCCACCACCUUCAUGUGUGUGUAAUCCUCAAUAAUGGUCCAGAACAGAAGACCUACGGUGAAGGGUCGGUAAUAAACUGAAUUACAAAUAAAAUCUAACAUAUCUGAA